AAUUCCCUCUGUCGCCUCAGUACGCCUGCCUACCGCUUCUCUCCCACCCCCGAGUUGCGGACCCGAGAAUCUUUUGUGAACGAACGACGAGAACGAUACCCGGAAACCAUCCUGUAACUACGUUUUCUGUGACUUUGACUAGUCAUGGCGAGCCCGUUGCAGUUUGCCUACCGAACCCAGAAGGCCAUCGGCGUCACCGAUGCUGACCCCGUCUACGAGCCUCUCCCUGGGUUCGUGAGGCCCGAAGGGACCCUGCGGUGCUGCGUCUAUUCGCCCUGCGGCCGGUAUCUCGCCUGGGCGUCUACCGAACGUGUUACCGUGGUCGACGCAUCCGUCGGCCAUAUCGUGACUACCAUCCAAAUCUUCAACGUCUUCGAGGUCGCCUUCUCCCCCCGAGGGUCAUUCCUCAGCACUUGGGAGCGUCCUGCCAAGGACGACAAAGGCGAUGCGACGAAGAACUUCAAGAUCUGGCGGACGGUGGAAGAUAUCCCCGAAGGCGCCGAGAAGCAGCCUAUCGGAAGCUUCGUCCAGAAGUUGCAGACCGGCUGGAACCUCCAGUAUACGUCUGACGAGCAGUUCUGUGCCCGUCUCGUUACUAAUGAGGUACAAUUUUAUAACAGCGACGACCUGGGCACCGUCUGGAACAAGCUGCGGGUCGAAGGUGUGACCGAUUUUGCCAUCGCCCCGGGCCAAAAUCACAACGUGGCCGUUUUUAUCCCCGAACGAAAGGGACAACCGGCUGCCGUCAAGGUCUUCAACGUGCCUCAGUUCACGACCCCCAUUUCUCAGAAGACCUUUUUCAAGGGCGACAAGGUCCAGCUCAAGUGGAACAGCCUGGGGACGAGCCUGGUCGUGCUGGCACAGACGGACGUCGACAAGUCGAAUAAGAGUUACUACGGCGAGACGAACCUCUACCUCCUGAGCGCUAACGGCUCUCUCGACGCCCGCAUCGCUCUCGAUAAGGAAGGGCCGAUUCACGAUGUCUCGUGGUCUCCGAACGGCAAGGAGUUCGGCGUCAUCUACGGUUAUAUGCCUGCGAAGACGACUAUCUUCAACCAGCGUGCCGUCGCGACUUACUCUUUUCCCAUUGGGCCACGUAACACCAUCAUCUUCUCGCCCACCGGUCGCUUCGCCCUGGUUGCUGGGUUUGGGAACUUGACUGGCCAAAUCGACGUCUACGACCUCGAGAAGGACUUUCGCAAGGUCUGUACCAUCGAAAGCGGCAAUCCUAGCGUGUGCCAAUGGAGUCCCGACAGUCGUUAUAUCAUGACCGCCACCACAUCUCCUCGCCUUCGCGUCGACAACGGUGUGAAGCUCUGGCAUGUCGGAGGAGGUAUCAUGUACCACGAGGACAUGGUAGAGCUCUACAGCGUGAUUUGGAGGCCGGUUCUCCCUGAAAACCUGGUGCAGAGCGAUCCUCUGCACCCGGUUCCCACUCCGCAUUCGUCGGCUAUUGCGUAUCUUGGGACAGUUAAGACCCCAUCGAAACCGGUCGGCGCUUAUCGCCCUCCGGGCGCGCGAGGAACGUCCACGCCGCUCCACUUUAGGCGCGAGGACGAAGGUGGCGCUGCGCACGUGAUGAGUAAUGGCAGUUCUAGCAACGGCCUGAACGGCUUUGGGCGGUCCCGUCGUCAGGUUCCCGGCGCAGAAUUCCUCGAGGCUGGCUCGCGCUCCGUCCUUGGUGCUGCCUCGGCCGAUGCUCCUGCCGGGAACGGUGACGAGAACUUGUCAAAGGCAGCGCUGAAGAACAAGAAGAAGCGGAACAACAAAAAAGCCAAGGAAACGGAGAACGACGGCGAGAGAAGGGAUACUAAUGGCCUGGCUCCUCCCACUUACGACCGAGGUGCGGGUUCCGGAAACGAGGGGCGCAGCCCUGAGCGUCGCGGGCACCACCUCAAUCAGCAAAGCCAUAGCCGAAGUCGCUCACGACCCAACUUCCAAGGGGGUAACAACCCGGGACGUAAUCGGAGCAACACUCAGCAAAAUGGACAGGGACCCCCCGCCGCUCUCCAGGCGCAGCCUUCGCAGCCGCCGACCUCGGAUGGUCCGCAGUCGCCUGGCAAGAAUAAUCCUUCCAAGAAGCUGCGGAGCCUCCAGAAGAAGAUCCGGGCUAUCGAGGACCUGGAGAUGCGCCACGCCGGCGGCGAAAAGCUCGAGGAUACUCAGGUGCGCAAGAUCGCCACCAAGGCGGCGGUGAUCAAGGAGCUGGAGACGCUGGAGAAGGAAAUUGGCGGGCAGGCGUGAAAAAAAAAAAACGGACGAGUGCGCGGGGAAACUGCUCGUGCUCCGGCGCGAUUUGAGUAUUCUCGAGGGUCGACUCUGGGUAGUCCGAGGCGAAAGGCGGGUGUUGCCUGCGGUGAAGCACGGUUCGUCGGGACUGGGAGGACGGGAUGUUCCUGUUGCUAUACCAUAAGGCUGCGUGCGGACCGACCGACCGACAAGCCGACUGACGAACCGACUGGGACCGACUGGGUAGGGCUUGAGGGGUGGCGAAGUAGUGUGUACCGCGAAGGAGAUUAGCAGCAGUCGGAUUAUCGAAAACAGAAAACAUUUAUAGGACAACUCAUACCUCAGCUACGUGGCCUAGGUUUAUUAUUUAAGAAAGAGAAACCCCUCCGCCAAGGCAUUCGUUACGUGCCCGAACCCUAGUGGGCGCGGGGGCUUCACGUAUAA